UUCACAAAAAGCAUUUCAUGAACAAGUACUCAAUCUUCAUGAUCAAUAGCUUAACCAGACACUAAUAUAUACCUCAGUCGAAACUCGCUUUUUCUACCAUUAGAGCUGUGUGAACUAGUGCUGACAAUGGACAGUUUUAAAAUCUUGAUGAUGUCACUGCUUUGCAUGCUUGUUAUGGCUGCCACGUCAGUUCGGAGCCAAGGCACACGCGUGGGGUUCUACCUGCGUGCAUGUCCUCGAGCAGAAUCGAUUGUUCGGUCGACUGUGGAAUCGCAUUUCAGCUCCGAUCCCACCGUAGCUGCUGGCUUGCUGAGAAUGCACUUCCACGACUGCUUCGUCCAAGGCUGCGACGCUUCGGUGCUCAUCGAUGGGCUGGGCACCGAGAAAACUGCGCUGCCGAACCUUGGGUUGAGAGGUUACGAGGUCAUCAACGACGCUAAGUCUAAGCUUGAAGUUGCCUGCCCAGGUGUCGUUUCUUGUGCUGAUAUUCUGGCUCUCGCUGCUCGUGAUGGUGUCGUUUUGAGUAGAGGACUUACUUGGGCGGUACCAACAGGGCGCAGAGAUGGAAGAAUAUCACUGGCCUCUGAGGCUGCUAACUUACCUGGUUUUACUGAUUCAGUUGAUGACCAAAAGACUAAGUUUGCAGCAAAGGGUCUUACCCCCAAAGAUCUCGUAACCCUUGUUGGCGGCCACACCAUUGGUACCACAGCUUGCCAAUUCUUUCGUUACAGGCUAUACAACUUCACCACAACCGGAAAUGGUGCUGAUCCUACCAUCAACCCCACAUUCCUUCCGCAACUGAGAGCACUCUGUCCCCAGAAUGGUGACGGAACACGGCGUGUCGAGCUUGAUACUGGCGUACCGAGCAACCGAUUCGACACGGCUUUCUUCACCAACCUGAAGAACGGCAAGGGAAUUCUCGAGUCUGACCAGAAGCUGUGGACUGAUGCUUCCACCAGGACAUUGGUCCAACAGUUCAUGGGCAUUAGAGGGUUGCUAGGACUGAAUUUUGGACUGGAGUUUGGGAAGUCUAUGGUGAAGAUGAGUAACAUUGGCGUCAAAACAGGAACCCAAGGAGAAAUCCGCAAAGUGUGCUCCACAAUUAAUUGAGGAAAACAUUCUUGUUUAUAGAUUGAUUUAAGGCAAAAAUUGUUUUAAUUUAUUUUUGUACUUCGUGUUUGUUCUCAACACGUGAAAUGUAUCUAUUUACCACCAGAUUGUACACUUCCUAUGCUUAAAAAACAAAUGAGCAUUUUGUUAUGAUGAUAAUGAUAUAAAUUUCGGAAUCCACACGAAACAUGUCGAGAUGGUCAUUAAAAUUUUC